GUUCUCACCUUUACUGUGAUUACUUGCUAUCGAAGCUCUUCAGCUGCUUGCGUUGCCCAUAUCCCGUCUUAACCCCUCGAUUUCUUGAUCCAAAUGUCUACUGAAGCUCAGGCCGGUCAUCUCGCUCAUGCUCGGUACGGUAAAGACAAAGUACGAGUCUUGCGCGUCGUUCGUGAAGGAAAAUGGCAACACGUUGUCGAGUACAAUGUUUGUGCUUUGAUGGAGGGUGAUAUAGAGACCAGUUACACCAAAGCGGACAAUUCCGUAGUUGUAGCUACGGAUUCCGUCAAGAACAUCACUUAUUACUUGGCGAAGACUUCACCCCAUAUUCUUCACCCUGAACGUUUUGCCCUCCACUUGGGCACAUUCCUUGUAUCCAAAUACGCCCACAUCCACAAGGCAUUUGUCACGGUUGAGAAACUUCGAUGGCAGAGGAUUCAGGUGGAUGAGAAGCCUCACCCGCAUUCGUUUGUCAGGGAUGGAGAAGAUAAACGGGUAGUAAGCGUUGAAAUCGAUGGAACGCAAGGAAAAGGCAAGUUGACGGCGAAAGUCACGUCUGGUAUCACAGAUCUCCUCGUACUGAAGUCAAGCGGAUCCGCGUUUGAAUCCUUCGUCCGAGAUGAGUUCACGACUCUCGUAGAUGUCAAUGAUCGAAUCUUCAGCACCUCGAUUGAUCUCAAGUAUGUCUUUGACCCAAUUCCGGUCAGCUUGUCGCUCUUCGAUGCACCUCUUCCUGGAACACCUGGUGGACCGAACGCCGUCUUCGCCGCAGGCAAGGAUGCUCAGCUAAGCGAGGAGUCUAUCAAGACAGUGAAAACGCAAGGUACAGCUUGGGAUGGCGACACCGUCGCUGACGAUGCAAGGAAAGUCACUUUGGAUGUCUUUGCAACGGACGAUAGUGCCAGUGUCCAGGCAACCUUGUAUAAGAUGGCACAACAGAUCCUCACCUCUCACAAGCACUUGCAAAGCGUGUCCUAUAGUCUUCCCAACAAGCACUACGUACCUGUGGAUAUGCGCUAUGCAGGCGUUGAGAAUCUCAAUCCCUUGUCCUAUUCUCGUCUUCCGCAGCCCUCAUCCAUGUUGCGAUUGUGUUCUGCUCUACGUCACAAGCACUGGCACUGUCCGGCGUAUUACACCCUACACGCGUUGCCCAAAAGCCUUUUGAUACGCGUUCAGAGUUCAAGUAGCCAAUCCUCCGGCUGCUCUCACGUUGCGCAGUCAGAGUGGCUGCUUCCUUUCCUUUCCUUGCUGUGUCCCUUCAUCCGAGUGUCCCCUGUUUUUCUUUCUCUUCCUUCUCUUUGUCAAUCUCGCCUUCUGUUGACGUCGGUAUUUUCCAAUUUUUUUGGAGCUUCCGAGUUCUUUCAUUCAACUCUCGUCCAAUCGGAGUGUUUGGAAGUCCGGAAGUUGAGAAGAUGUGCAACCGACAGACAGAAGAAGGGGAGAGGCUGAAGAUCUGGGGACAUCCGAUGACAAUUGACGUCGUUUCACCGCCCUCUGCACUGCACUUUUUAUCCGCUGUCGAUUUGCUUCACUUGUCGCUCGAUUUCACACGCCCUCUUCUUUGCUUUAUUGACAACUUCUUUUCUUUCUCGUCCUUUUGCUUUGCCUUCCGUCCAUGUCCAUGUGGCAGUCAAGUGCAGCAUGUCGACGGGCCGGGUCGAACCACAUGAACAAGGCAGAAACGCCUACCACAGUCAUAGUCGACGUUUCUGCCACUAACCGCUCAAUUUCAUAUCUCUCCAUUCUGUCUCUUAAACUCAAGCUUUCAAGCUUCAUAUCGGGAAACGCACGUCAUCAUUUCGCUCAUUUUGCGGUGGUGCGAUGCGAGGGGAUGGGACAUACAGGUGGACAUGGUUCAGUUCACUCAAACUGCCAUGCAAGCUUUCAUACGAAGCUGUGUCUUCUUACUUCUAUCUAUAUCUGGCUGCUGGUGCCCUUGUACCGUUUUUGCCCUCAUAUCCUUCUACCCUUAUACCCUUAUCUCGGUGUCUUUUCAAAGACAGAGAUAUGCCAGAUAUCAGAUAGAGGAAUAGAGGAAGCAAGCAGAGAGAGAGAUUUGCAAAUCUCAUUUCUCAUUUGUCUUUUCGGUUCUUUGCUUGAUGUCUUCCCUGGUUUGCGCGUGCUAUCGAGGGACCUUUGUUUGGUUUUCACUCGCACUCUCGAGCAGAGUAUACCUCGGUUUCGGAGCCGAGCGAUGGUGGGCUGAGAUGGUUGUUUGCAUCUGCGAUGCGUUUGGCAGUACAUCGAAUGUCCCGAGGAAAGGUCAUACGAUGAUGUUGACGAUGAGACCCCGAGGUGGUUUUUGAUCGUUAGCCAGCGUCCCGACGCAUCGAGUAUCGAGUCUUAGCUUGAGGCUGGAGGUUCGGAGUGAAGAGAGGAACUUCGAAUUAUUCCGGUCGUUAGGGUUCCUUGUGGACUUGAAUCCGUGACAAGUUCGCGUUGUAACGACAGAUGUGUUGGCUUUUACGUUCUUUCUCUGCAUGUUGGGAACCGUCAGUUGCAAUCC